AUGGAUAUCGACGACAUCCUCCAGCAGGUCGACCCGACGACGGCCUCCAUCCCUCCGGAAACCCGUGACCUGCAAGCCCUCACGCGCGCCUGGAUCGCCGAACGCUCUGCCCCCGAACUGCUCGAAUGGCCACCCGACAACCUGUUUGAGCGCGUCAACGCUCGCAUCGCCCGCCAGAUCGAGACCAUUGAGGACAUGACGGGCGACAUGGAUCCCAAGACCAACUUUGCUCUCAUUGUCAUCCAGACGGAGCUCGAGCGCUUCAAGUUUCUCGUGCGAAGCUACAUCCGCGCGCGGAUCGCCAAGGUACCCCUUCGAAAGAAGAUGAAGCAGAACCCCAGUGCCACGCCCUCGUCAGCGCGAGAAGCUAACCAGCACACACCUCCCCACCCCCAGAUCGACAAGCACACGCUCUACUACCUCGCGAGCCCGGCGCUGCGCGCGCGCCUCUCGCCGACCGAGCUCGCCUACGCGACCCGCCACCAGGCCCUGCUGCACGACCACUACCUCUCCUCCUUCCUCUCGAGCUUCCCGCCGCAGCUGCAGAACCUCAACGACACGGCCGGCAUGACGAGCAUGAUCGACGGGCCCGACCUCGACGCCGCCGUCUUUGUGCGCCUGCUGCGCGACGCCACGGUCGAGGGCCGCGGCACCGACUCGGACGACGCCAUUGAUGCCCGCUUUGGCGACGUGCUCAUCCUGCGGUGGUCGAGCGCCAGGGGCCUGGUCGACACGGGGGUUGCUGAGCUGGCGUAG